UGAACAAGUACAUAAAAUCGUAGUAAAUGAAAAAAAAAUGGCCAUAGUUAAUCUUAAGAAGUUGAAUCAGAUAAGAGUAAAAAUGAAAAAUGUACCUGCUAUAGGCGAACAUGAGGCAUCUAACUAUUAUCAAAAGUCUGCUGAAGCUGGCCAUAAAAUGUUUAAAUGGUAUUGGGUUUGA